GCAGCGGCGGUAGGCAGCUUGGUGGCUAACGGGGCAGCUAAUCCUAGCCAUGGUUCACCGCUGUUUCAUUCUUCAAACGAACAGCCGCUGAAGAUGACUCGAGUGGCUCUGGGCUGUUUGGGAAGAUGGCGACAAUUUUACAAGCUAACUGGCAUCAUGAAGGUGUAGCGAAGUGAGCGAAGAACCCGUGACACUGAUGCCAGCUGGAGGCUGAAGACCCUCAGGAUGAGUGGAGCUGCAGAGCACACGGACAUCCUGUCAGUGGGAGAUGUGGUCCGGGACAGGUGGAAAGUGAUAAGGAAGAUAGGAGGAGGAGGCUUUGGAGAGAUCUACGAAGUUCUGGAUCAGUUGAGCCAGGCCACCGUAGCCUUAAAAGUUGAGUCUGCUCAGCAACCCAAACAAGUGCUAAAGAUGGAGGUGGCUGUGCUGAAGAAACUUCAAGGAAAAGACCACGUGUGUCGAUUUGUGGGCUGCGGCAGGAACGAUCGCUUCAACUACGUGGUGAUGGAACUCCAGGGGAGGAAUCUGGCUGAUUUGCGCAGAACAAUGACCCGCGGCACCUUCUCCGUCUCCACAACUUUAAGACUCGGCAAGCAGAUCUUAGAGGCCAUUGAAAGCAUCCACUCUGUCGGAUUUCUGCACCGCGAUAUUAAGCCAUCGAACUUUGCCAUGGGAAGACUUGCUAGUACCUGCAGAUGCUGCUAUAUGCUUGAUUUUGGUUUGGCUCGUCAGUUUACCAACUCCAACCAAGAAGUCCGUCCUCCUCGUCCUGUGGCAGGUUUCAGAGGAACUGUGCGGUACGCGUCAAUCAAUGCCCACAAGAACAAGGAGAUGGGUCGUCAUGACGACCUGUGGUCCCUUUUCUACAUGCUGGUGGAGUUUAUGGUUGGACAACUUCCCUGGAGGAAAAUUAAAGACAAAGAACAAGUAGGAAAUCUGAAAGAAACGCAUGACCAUCGACUCAUGCUGAAGCACCUUCCAUCAGAGUUCAGUACUUUUCUGGAUCAUAUCCUGGCUUUGGACUACUUCACUAAGCCUGACUAUCAGCUCCUGAUGUCAGUGUUUGAGAAGGCCAUGAAGAGCCACAACGUGCUGGAGAAUGACCCCUAUGACUGGGAGAAAUGUGAUUCAGAGGAUUUGCUGACCAUCACUGCAGCAGCCAACACUGCUCAGCAGCUCACUCGCCUCACCCCAGCUUACCUCGGCAUGGCCAAUGCUUCAGUGUUGCCAGGCGAGCUGCAGAGAGAAAACACAGAGGAUGUCCUUCAAGGGGAACGCCUCAGCGACGCUGACAACUGCCCUCCCAUCCCCACCCCGACCACUCCUGGUGGAGACGUAUGGGAAGAGAUGGACCGCAAUCGGAACCAUAAACACGCUCAGCCGAUGCUCAGAAAGGUCGUGAGUGAGGAUGAACAUAGUCAGAACCAGGGGAACCAGAGCCCCAACACUGGCUCCAUGCAGAGUUCACCAAGACGGGUGCGGUCAGAGACCAUGUUCUUGGAUCGUGCUGCACCUCUGCUCCGCAGGAUGAGGCACAGCCAGAGUUUGGCAUUUGAAAAGCGGCUCGCUCCUGAACCAAAGCCCACCAUCGAACGCUUCCUUGAGGCCUAUCUAGGCAAACAGCGUCCUGUCCUUUGUCAUGUUGAGGAGAAACCCAUACCAGAGAAGGGGCACGGACAGCAGAUGGCUUCCUGCAACGAGGAGCGAUCCGGCACAGCAACUCCCGACCCAGAAGAUGGCGCAGCGAGCAGUGGCUUCGUGGCUGUAAACUUCAGCCCUGUACCUCAGGAAACAAACUCUCAGGAGUGGGUGAUGCUGGAGCUAGAGCAAGCCAGCAGCUCUGGAGGAUGCAAGCCUCAGACAGACGCUCAUCACGAGAACAAGCUGGGGGCUCGCGCUGCUGCUGAAUCUGAGAAUCACUCCUCGGAGCAGCAGGAGGGCCAAACAAGCCUUGCAGUGCCCAGCAGCCCCGUCCUGUCGCAGAUGGCCAUGCCCUGCACAUGGUUACUGGGCCACCGGAGGCUGCCAGGGGUGCUGGGUCAAAUGCCUUCAGUCAUGAUGGGAAGAACGCAGAUGGAGCAGACCUCCAGCGGUGAAAAAUGCUCACCUGUACAGAAGAGCAGCACAGCUCCACCUGAGGAAUCAUCCUGUAAAUUAGAGGAACUUGUAGAGGAAAGUUUAAAAAAUGGGGGGAAAGUGGACUCGGCCCCCGUGUUAAAUCCCGCCAAAGGCCCCACGGUUCAUCUGACCAACGACAGAGACCCAGAGAGCGAUUCUGGUCUGCCCGAUCGCUCCUCGGAGCCGAAUCAGCAUCCUCAAGCAGACACAGCAGGUGGCGCUGUGGAGAGCACCGUCACAGUCUCCUCUUCUCCACCUCCAGCUCUGCUCAGGCGAAGAGACUCUCCAUUGUCCCCGAGACUGAGUCGAAUCCCAGUACGAGAUCCCAGCAACCCAUUGGACUCUCCGAGCAGAGACCCGAACGUGGAUAGGCGUCACCGCUGGAGCAGCCCGGCUCCCGGCUCGCCGACGCACUCACCCUCUCCGUCUCUGUCCUGCGACAACCUUCCCUGCGCCCUGCCGAGAGACAGGCUCUCCUCGGAGCGGGGCUCUAGGUCCGACUGCGCAGGAGAAGACCCUCUGUCCCUGUCUUCCUCUUCAGGAAGUAAAAGUAAAAUCCCCCGCCCUGUGAGUGCCACGUUUCUCCCAGAGCAGCUCACUAGCCGGUUUUUGCCUCGACCACCUCCAGGGAAACCGCCCAUCCGCCCAAAUGUGGACAACAGACGGCGGCGGUUGAGGGUGCGAGCCAGCAGCACCAGCGACGCAGACUUCCUGGCCACACUGACGCAGCUGAUGCAGGACCGCAGCGGGCUGCUCCUCAGCCCUCCUCCUCGCCCUCGCUGCUCCUCCUCCCUCCAACGCUCUCUAAGCUCCUCCCCCUCCCGACACGAGCUCCGAGAGAACGUGACGCUGCAGCAGGGGCGCAGCCGCUCGCCUUCCAGCCUCUCGGGCUCCCCUCCUCGGCACGCUCAGCCGCAGUACAGAACCACAGAACCAGGUCAGUGGAGCUACGGCUCCAGAGGAAAAGCUCCACUCCACGAGGCUAAAGGAAAAUUGACUCGAUGACUGCAUUCUAACAAAACAGAUUGACUGCGCAACUGUGGAGAGGCUGCCUCACCGCCAGUCCCCGAUAGCAUGUGUAAAUAAGGCAUAACCCGAGGGAAUGUACUGUAUGUAAUGUAAAAUGUAUGAUAAAUUGUAUUUAUUUAUUUAUUUGAACAUGGGAAAAUGUUGAGAGAAUCUUGAGCUUGCCAAUGUUUACCUCUCGUUUUAUUCCUCUAAUAAAACUCUAUGUAGUCCUAACGAGACCAAAAAAAAAAAUCAAGUUUAAAGCUUGAGGGAUGUAAAAAAAUUGUAACUGUAGAUAUGUACCAUUAGGAAAACGGCUACCGCUGACUAUGAAAUCCUGUAUCUAAUCUAAAAACACUAUAGUAAUAAAGAAAACAAGUUGUAAACUGAACCAAGCAUUCAUGUACAAAGUCAAAGCAUGCAGUCUCACAAUGUUAAUUUAAUAUUUAACAAUGAGAUGCUCAUUUUAGCAUAGCUUAGUGUUGUGUGUACUUUUACUUUACUCGAAUAGUUUUAUCACGUGGCCACCAUCAGCAUAUUAGAAUGUACAUUUUAAGUGCACUCAUUUAACUAUUGUAAGCAUGCAUGAAUAUUCUUGCUAAUGUUUUUUUAUUUGUACAAUCAGCUGAAAGCAUCUGUAUUUUUAUUGAGCUGCUUCUGAUCAAAAUACAUCACGACAUAGACCAGCAAUGACUCACAUUUUCAUUGUAUCUCACGAAAGCAGAGCGUCUAAUCUUUCCGAUUCUUGGCAAUUCAUUCGGUGAUGGAGGCGGUGGGAAAUGCUGAAGGAGCGGUGGACUGAAUGCUGGAGGAAGAUGAUGUUAAAUCAGUGUUAAGCUGCUGAAAUGGACAGGAAGCUGAAAAAUGCGGACAGAAAUGGAUAAAUGUGUUUCAAUAAAAGCUGAU